AUGUGGUCAUGGUUUGGCGGCGCGGCGGCGCAGAAGCGGAAAGAUGUUCCCAAAAAUGCCAUUCUCUCCCUUCGUGAGCAGCUUGACAUGCUGCAAAAGCGGGAGAAGUAUUUACAAAGUCAGAUGGAUGAACAAGAAGCCAUAGCCAGGAAGAAUGUAACGGUUAAUAAAAAUGCUGCCAAAACUGCUUUAAGGAGAAAGAAACUCCACGAACGGUCACUCGACCAAACCAGUGCUCAGAUUCUGCAGCUGGAACAACAUAUAUACUCCAUCGAAUCCGCAAAUAUCAAUCAGGAAACGUUUAAUGCCAUGAAGAGCGCCAAGGCUGCUAUGGAACAGAUACACACUGGUCUUACCAUAGAAGCAGUCGAUCAAACAAUGGGCGAACUACAAGAACAGCACACUCUCAGCGAAGAAAUAGUCAACGCAAUUACCAACGCCCCCAUUGGCGAGCCCAUUGACGAGACUGAACUAGAAAAUGAACUGGACAACCUAGAACAAGAGCAUAUCGACAAUAAGAUGAUAGGCACCGGGACGGUGCCGGUUGGAGAUAGGAUUGAUAGACUACCUUCUGUUGCAAAUGGAGCCAUCAAAGAACAACCCAAAGCUCGGACCGAGGAAGAAGACGAGGAGGCCGAAUUAGAGAAACUAAGAGCCGAGAUGGCCAUGUGA